CUGGUUAUACACAUCAACUCUCAAAAACAAAAUUCAUCACACAAAUAGAAAAUGCAGGCCUUUCAUCUUCAUUUUAAACAUAAACCUGAUCCAUCCCACACCCACUCUCUCUCGUUUCUUCUCCGGCGAGACCACCGGCGGAGCCGGCGCCAGUAUGUCGACCAGCUGCGCCCCCCCCCCUUUCUUCAUCUCUUUCUCGUUCUCCUGUCCGACCUCCGGUCGUUCUUCUCCGACCACUUACGCACACACCCCUCUGAAAUCGAAGAGAGAGAGAGAGAGAGAGAGCGAGAGAGUGAGGUGAGAGAGAGAGAAGGAACCUACCAGCGGCGACAGCGGAGCCGGCGACGGCAAGAACGGAGGCGACGGCCAGGGGGAACAGCGACGGUGACGGUGCUCCGGUCGGUUUGUUCUCAGUCCGGUUCUAGACAGCGGAACCGACGCACGGCGGCUGCCAGCGUCGGCAGUGAUGAUGGUGAACGGUGCGGAUUCGGCUCGGGUUCAAUCGACACUAGGUCAUCUUGGCCACCUCGGUUCCGACAUGGUCAACUCAGCUUCAGUUCGGUCAACAGUAGUCAAGCUGGUCAAACUUGGUCAAACAAUAAACACGGGACUCGGGCGACCUCGGUGUUCCAUCCUACUAAUCUCUUACGCUCGUCAACACUUGGAUAA